ACCUUUUGUUUCUCUCACGUUCGGGCUUCCAGGGCUCGGGGCUGCGGGACCAGCGCGUCGCCUUCAGCCACCGCGAGCCCCGACGCGGGGCCGGGGACCUCGCAUCCACCGCCCGCUCCCCUCGGCUCAGCGGCAGCCGCCCGCAGGACCCAGCCGCUGCUGGAGGGCUCCUCAUCUCAUUGGAGAAUGUCUGAAGGCGGUGCAGCUGCCAGCGGGUUGCGCACACCCUAUCCCGCAUCCUUAGGAAGGAGAUGCCCCUUGCUGUAGCGCACACGUCUCUGCCAAAUAACGGAACGACGCUUCAUUUCAUCUUUUCUGGAAUGGAGAUUUCUUCUCACCAGUUUCACCUCUUGCAGCAACUAAAUGAGCAGCGCAGGCAAGACUUGUUCUGUGACUGCAAUAUCCUGGUUGAGGGAAAGGUCUUUAAAGCACAUCGCAAUGUGCUGUUUGCCAGCAGCGGCUAUUUCAAAAUGCUCCUUUCGCAGAGCUCGAAGGAGACGACUCAGCCGACGACAGCUACUUUCCAGGCAUUUUCUCCUGACACAUUUACAGUUAUUCUAGAUUUUGUGUAUUCAGGCAAACUGUCUCUCACUGGUCAGAAUGUCAUUGAAGUCAUGUCGGCUGCUAGCUAUCUGCAGAUGACCGAUGUUAUCAGUGUGUGUAAAACGUUCAUUAAGUCAUCGCUGGACAUCAGUGAAAAGGAGAAAGAUCGCUACUUCAGUCUGUCAGACAAAGAUGUAAAUUCAAACGGUGUGGACCGAUCCUGCUUGUACAGCACAGGCUGGAGGGCAGAAAGCAGCCCCCCGCAUUCGCACUUAAGUCCAGAUCAAGGGACAUGUAUGAUGGGUGGAAACGCUUGGAGUAAUUUCAGCUACUAUCCGACUUCUCAAAGAAAUGCCCAGCAACAGCUGUCCAAACAUGAGCAAAGGCAGGAUUCCAUAAAGAAAUCCCGGCACCUGGGACUGCAGCAACCUCCUGACAUUCCUCACUAUAAAUCAAGCAAACUGGAGGACAGGGCUGCCGAGCCUGCUGGCCAUAUUGCUCAGUCUGAGGAGCAAGUUCAGAUUGAAACAGAAGUUGAAUCCCCUCAUGUGGGAUACCAGUACAGCCAAGGGUCUGACGUGAUACCAAGGAGCUUGGCUGUGUCACAGCAGGAACAUGAAUCGCCCCGUUCUUCUAGUAAAUCGAAGUCUUCAAAAGCAGAUGAGCCAUACGCGAGCAUGCCCUCGAUUCUGGGUGUCAUGGGAAGCUGGGCUGAAGAUGAUCUGCCCAGGAUGAGAUUCAAGUGCCCGUUCUGCACUCAUGUGGUGAAAAGAAAAGCGGACCUAAAGCGUCACCUUCGCUGUCAUACAGGAGAGCGCCCUUACCCUUGUGAGGCAUGUGGGAAAAGAUUUAGCAGGCUAGAUCACCUUAGUAGCCAUUUUCGAACAAUUCAUCAGGCUUGUAAGCCUAUCUGCAGAAAGUGCAAACGCCACGUGACUGAGCUAACAGGACAAGUGGUCCAAGAGGGGACAAGACGUUACAGACUCUGUAAUGAGUGUUUGGCUGAAGCUGGCAUAGACAGUAUUCGCAUUGACUUGGAGGCUGAAGCACCCCUUGAAUUUCCACAAGAUGGGGAUAAGGAUUCCAGGUGGCACUAUGGGGAAGACAACAGAUCUGAUGUGGAGAUUGUGGAGGAUGGGUCAACCGACCUGGUCAUUCAGCAAGUUGAUGACAGUGAGGACGAAGCAGAUGAAAAGGAAGUAAAACCAAAUAUUAGGUAGUUGCAAGAGAAGAAUUAGGAAUUCCAUGUAAGGAGGAGAAUGUACUGUCUUGACCACAAGCCCUCCACCAGCCUGUUGUUAAUCGUACAGAGACGUCUUGGUUUCUCUUGAACAGGUCCAGACUUGCAUGUAUUUAUGGACGUGCCAUUGAGUUCAUGCUGAGUUUUGUUAUCAGAAUACCCAUACUUUGCUUCAUUAGAAAUAAUCCAUCCUUAAAUAAUGGAUGAACAAGGAAACUGAAGUACUACAUGGAUAACUUUUUAUAGUAGACAAUGGGUCACUUCUCAAAACCUCUUUCAUGGAAGUGAGGUGUCAAUACUUUAAAAAAAAAGUCACACAGCACUGUAAAUUGCCCGGUUUUUAAACUUGCAGAGAUGUGGGGUUUAUAUGUUAAUAUCAUCUGGCGAUAAACAAAGUAUAAACACCCCAAACACCAGAAUAUAAAGAAAACCUCUCUUCAGUACUCAGAAAUGAAGAUAAUCUUCCACAAAAUUUCAUGAAGUCUUCGUAUUAUGAUAAGGACAAAAGGCAGCUAUUUAAGAAAAAGCAUAUAAAAAUGUUUUAGCACAUUCAUCUGGAAAAGCACUUUCUUGUAAAAUUUAUUAGAAUAAGGAGAAUCUUUAGCAGAUCAUGCAUUCAAGACCUAUUUCUUUAAAAGAAAAUAAACACAUGAAUCCUAGUCCUAGUCAACACAUCAGAUAUAAAAUAAUUACAAGUAUGGAUCAUUAAUUGAUGCCAGUAGAUGUUUUAUUCUUUAUGAAAACUGGGAACUCAGACUGGGGUGUGCUUUAAUAAGCACUAGUAAAAUACUGUAUUUUUUUUUUUUUUAAACCUCUCCAAAGUGCCAGACUGAUGUGAGUGGUAGCCCUGCAUCUGCAGCACUGCCAAUGGCAGUGUCAGCUUCUCCCUGCCAACGUGAAAGGAACAAUCCUUACAAGGUUACUUUAGCUGUUGUUUUCUCUCUUUUUGUCCCCCUUUUAUUUGCCGAUAGCAGUGGCAGAACAAUUUGUACAGUAUAUAUACGAUAUCAUUAGAAAUGCAACUGAUGAGAUUUUCCAUCUGAAACCAUUGACUACUCUUGUUUGUAUUGACCUGUACUCAAUUUAAACUGAUGAGUUUUAAGAUGGAAUCAUCAAUUUAUAUACUUCCAAAGUCAUUUGGUCACCAAGAGAACAUAAUUUAAGCUUUUUCAGUCUGUACUGUAUGCCAGUGAGAACAAGAUCUACUGGAAGUUCUAGAUACCGUAUUUGUGUAAUUUUACUGACAACUAGACUACAAGAGAUGAGAUGAAGAAAGUUUACUUCUAUAACAAAAUAAGCCAUUUUUUGUUACUUAGUGAGUUUAUCUUAACCAGGACUGUGAACAGGAGAGGAGCAGAAGUAUGCUCCGGAGGUGCUUUUACUCUGUAUUUUCAUGGACAGUCCUGAGUAUUAAUACAGUCUUCAUCCCGUGAUCAUCGAACUCAAUGGGUAUAGGCUUAGAAAACUUUUUUUUUUCCUUUUUUACAACUUUGUAAGCAUGUUUGGCUGAAACCCGGGAGUAAUUACAGAACAAUCCCAUAUAUAUAGUAUAUAAUCUUUUCCCAGGGACAGCUAAAAAGUCACUAUUUUAUUUUUAUUUGUGUAAAAACUGUAUAGCCUUACUAGUAUCAUCAUUACCAGAGUGUGCAGCAUUUUCAUUCCAGGCUGCAGAUGGCCAGCCUACAAGUCUCUUAAAUGACAGCUCGAGCGCUUCCUACUAAGUUCACAGUGUAGGCAUUAAGCACCCUUCCCCUCAAACGCGCAGGGCUGACAAGAGGCAGCCUGCUUCUAUGUUCUAAGGAGACAAGAACUGGUAUUUUAUUACUCCUACAAAAAUUAUCUUCCAUUGGUUUAGACUUGGGGAGGGGGGCGGAAGGGGGGAACUUAGAAAACUUUCUGAUGACCCAUAUGAAAACAUCUUUUCCAAGCAAGACUUACAAUUGCCUCGAUUUUAUGUUACACUUUGGUCAGCAGUCCACAAAAUGGACUUGAUAUGAAACAGCUGGUUAAUUUCUUGGAGCUUAUUACUCCUAAAAUGCAUAUUAUUAAAUGGCUAAGAAAUAUUCCUGAGCAACCUUAACUAAAUCAAAUCUAGAACAAAGAAAUAUAUAAAAGAAUAUGGAAUGACUUUGGUCAAAUUUCAAGAGAAAAUGCUUGCUGAAACGCGCAAUAAAUUCUAGGUAUCAGUGCCUGCUGUCCCAGAAUACAAAGUGGCUGGGAUUAGUCUGUGUGUGUGUUUGGGGAUGGAUUAAGGGGAGGGGAAAAUAAAGUGUCACUCUAGGGCCUGGAAUCUUAACUGCCAACGGUAAAGGUGAGACUAUUAAGUAUUUUGGUAUGCUUGGGGGUAUUUUUAGAAGCAAAGGGAUUUUUGGAUCAAUACUCAAUCUAAUUAGGUAUCAUAAAUCUAAGAAUACUGAGGACCAGAUGCUUCAGAAAAAGAUGUGAAGUGGCUAUAAUGGGCAAAUGGAACAAUCUAUCCAUAUUAAGACAUUUCCUUUUUAAAUAUAGGCAGAUUAACUGUUGAUUUGCCUGGCAAACAAGGGGUUUUGCCAUUUUUAUAUGUUAUUCUCAGUAGCAUAACUAGAUAUCUGUAGUAAUUUUUAAAGUAUCUUAUUAAGCUUGGAGUUUUAGCUCAAGACUGCAAUUCCCACAGGUCAAUUACAUUUUGUAUUUUAAAACGGUUACCAUUUUUACAUUUGUUGCCUUAAUUUCAGUUGUUGUUCCCUUAUUUUUGUAUUGCAAGACAAGAUAAAUGUUAAGUGCC